AUGUGUUACGGACGAUGGGCUGGUCUUGCGUUGCUCUGUUGCACUGUUGCAUCCCUCUUUUCAGCGGCCCCUGUAGUGGCAGGGGAUUACGAGUCGGCUGAGGUAUCUGGCAUGCCGCUACUUGAGCGGGUGAUCGCACAGUCUUUUCAGGUUGGCGUUAUUUCUGGAAGGUAUGGCGUCUUCAAUGCAACACUUAUAUUGAAGAACUCACCAAACUUUCCUGAGCAUAUCCACGGGGAAUUGAUUCCUACUGGUGAGCAGCGUAAAGCAACUGCAGGGCAAGUGCCCCUUGAACACUUUAAAUACCCUCGAUCUAUGCAGACGGGGAUGCUGCCGCAUGGAGCACUUGAUGCGCACCCUUCUCUGCUAAGUAUUGACGUUCAACUGGAGUUUUCGGGUUCAACUAUUGGGACAGUUAGUGCAUGGUCUUUACCGGCUGAAGAACAGCUUCUUGAGCAGCGACUGUCUGAAGUGGAAGAAAUUGGUGCGACUCCAACAGCCACGGCGUCUUUUUCGUUUGUUCCUGAAGCAGCGAGCAUGUCACCAUCCACGCUCAGUGAUGUGCCCGCGAUGGCACGAACAGCGACGGGGAUUGUCACGUUGGAGGGAGAGAGAUCAGGCACUUUCACUUUCCGCUUUUUUUCGGAACACGAAUUUUCGCUUGUUUUGCAGCUCCACACAGAAGAAACUACGGUGGAUCGCAUUUGGGUGUACGGCUAUGUUGCUCCUGACAAUGCAUUGCUAUUACGUCCCGACACGAAACAGAGGUCGUGGUUUCAAAAACAUAGUUUUUUAGUUUUUGCUGUCACAUUUUUUGUAAUUCGCGCCAUUACUUCAUAUAUCGAUGUGAAACGAGCAAGGAAACACCAAGUGAAGGCGGCAACGGAAGCAACGGAAGCAGCGGAAUCGAAAAAGGUAAAGUGA